CUGCUCCCUCGAACAAUAGUUACCCGUCGGACUUUCCCACGCCAACUGCAGCUUCUGAAGCAGUGGGUUCAAACGGCGCUAAGGCUGGAGAUUCAAGGAUAGCAACGGGGGGUCCCGUUUAACACCUCGAACAUUCGUCGUCCGGACGUCAUCGGGAGCGGUUCUGCUUCUUCGAGAUAAUUGCAUUUUGUCCCGGAGCAAGUGCCGUUUUUGUCACCCACGCCGUCUUCGCCGCUGCACACCCGCCCACCCGUCACGCAAAGCUUAAAAAUGGUGCAGAAUAAGAUCGCCGAGGUCACGGGAUUCCAUCGCUCGUUCAAGGGUCAGAACCCUUUUGAAUCCGAUGACUUCUCUAAAACAGACUCUCGUCUCCUUGAUCCAACCUUCCGUUUUGACUGCCCCACGCGACCAGACAUGCCGUCCAGCCAGCCUAUCGACAUCCCAGACGCCAAAAAGAGAAACAAGAAGAAGAAGAGGUGCCGGGCGACAGACAGCUUUUCGGGGCGGUUCGAGGAUGUUUACCGGCUGCAGGAGGAGAUUCUAGGAGAAGGGGCUUAUGCCAGAGUCCAGACCUGUGUUAACCUCAUCACCAACAAGGAGUAUGCAGUCAAGAUCAUCAGUAAGAGGCCGGGACACAGCCGAAGCCGCGUCUUCAGGGAGGUGGAGAUGCUGUACCAGUGCCAGGGUCACAGAAACAUCCUGGAACUGGUCGAGUUCUUUGAGGAAGAAGAGAAGUUUUACCUGGUAUUCGAGAAGCUGAGAGGAGGCUCCAUUUUGGCUCACAUCCACAAGAGACGGCACUUUAACGAGCAGGAGGCCAGCGUGGUGGUGCAGGACAUCGCCAGGGCGCUCGACUUCCUGCACAACAAAGGAAUGGCGCACCGAGACCUCAAGCCAGAGAACAUCCUGUGUGAGCAGGAGGACCGGAUCUCGCCUGUGAAGAUCUGUGAUUUUGACCUGGGCAGCGGCAUCAAGCUGAACAGCGACAGCUCUCCCAUCUCCACCCCUGAGCUCCUGACCCCGUGCGGCUCGGCGGAGUACAUGGCCCCGGAGGUGGUGGAGGCCUUCAGUGAGGAGGCCAGCAUGUACGACAAGCGCUGCGACCUGUGGAGUUUGGGGGUGAUCCUGUACAUCAUGCUGAGCGGCUACCCCCCCUUCGUGGGGCGCUGCGGGGGCGACUGCGGCUGGGAGUGGGGGCAGCCCUGCCACGCCUGCCAGAACAUGCUGUUCGAGAGCAUCCAGGAGGGCAAGUACGAGUUCCCCGAAAAAGACUGGGCGCACAUCUCCCCCAGCGCCAAGGACCUCAUCUCCAAGCUGCUGGUUCGGGACGCCAAGAACCGCCUGAGCGCGGCCCAGGUGCUGCGGCACCCCUGGGUGCUGGAGGGGGCUCCAAACACCUCCCCAACGUCUAUAUUGCAUCAGAGGAACAGCAGUGUGCGGGACCUGGGCGUGUUCGCGGGGCAGGCGGCCGCCGUGAACCGCGAGCUGGCCGAGCGGGAGGAGCAGGCCAGCGGGGGGGGGAGCGCGGGGGCGCCCCCGGUGGUCACCGCCGGGUCCUGCUCCUCCGUGCGCCUGUCCCCGCCCUCCGGCUCGCAGCUGGCCAGGCGCAGGCAGCGGAGCAGCCUCCUGAAGGGGGCGCCGGUGUCCGCCUCCGAGCUGCGGCAGCUGCUCGCGCCGCUGGUCAUCGUGGGGGACUGCGCCUGAGCCGCCACCGCCGCUGCCGCCAAACCAUCGCCUCACGGAGUAACAACCCCCCCGCCCU